AUAAAACUGAAAUCCAAGUCGCUAAUGCUCUUGGCGUGUCCUUCUUUCACCUCCUUCACGUAGCACCACCGUUCCUCGUCCUCUCUUCAUUCCCCCAGAGUCACUUUUCUAGGGUUUCUUCUCAUCCAAUAAAGCGUCGUCGUUUCUCUAUCUCUCUUUGCCGAAUUCGCCGAAAUGAAGCUCACUGUUAAAACUCUCAAAGGCAGCCAUUUCGAAAUUAGGGUUCAGCCCACUGACACAGUUAUGGCUGUCAAGAAAAAUAUCGAAGAUGUGCAAGGAAAGGACAAUUACCCAUGUGGGCAGCAACUAUUGAUUCACAAUGGGAAAGUAUUGAAAGAUGAGACUACAUUAGCAGACAACAAGGUCUCUGAAGAUGGUUUUCUCGUUGUAAUGCUUAGCAAGAGUAAAACUUCAGCUGGGACGUCAUCUACCCAGCCGGCUGCUGCACCUACAAUUACACCAAGUUCAAACUCAACUCCUGCUGUUGAAGUUCAAGCACCGGCCCCAAAGAGCACAUCUGCUUCUGAAACAGCAACAGCUACUGCACCAGCUGAUACCUAUGGUCAAGCUGCUUCAAAUUUAGUUGCUGGUAAUAAUCUUGACCAGACUAUUCAACAGAUAAUGGAUAUGGGAGGUGGGAACUGGGAUAAAGAAACAGUUACUCGAGCACUUCGAGCAGCUUAUAACAAUCCAGAACGAGCAGUGGAUUAUUUGUACUCUGGUAUUCCAGAAACAGCGGAAGUUGCUGUCCCAGUGACUGAUUUCCCUGCAGGUCAGGAAACUGAAAUAGAUGCAGCAGGAGCUGCACCUGUAUCUGGAGCGCCCAAUACAUCUCCCUUGAAUAUGUUUCCUCAGGAGACACUUUCUGCUGCUGCUGGCGGUGGUGGCGAGGGACUUGGAUCCCUUGAUUUCCUAAGAAGCAAUCAACAGUUCCAAGCAUUGCGUUCGAUGGUUCAGUCAAAUCCACAAAUUUUACAGCCCAUGCUUCAGGAGCUUGGGAAGCAAAACCCCCAUAUAUUAAGAAUGAUUCAAGAACAUCAUGCUGAAUUUCUUCAGUUAAUAAAUGAACCUCUUGAAGAGUCUGAAGGGGAUAUAUUUGAUCAGGUUGACCAAGACAUGCCUCAUGCUAUCAACGUAACCCCUGCCGAACAGGAGGCUAUUGAAAGGCUCGAGGCAAUGGGAUUUGAUAGAGCCCUUGUCAUCGAGGCAUUUUUGGCUUGUGAUCGCAAUGAGGAGUUGGCCGCUAACUACUUGUUGGAAAAUGCUGGAGAUUUUGAGGAUUGAGCAGAGAACCUUACCCAGUCGGAUUCAUAGUUUUGUUUUGUUUUUUUUUAAUUUUAUUAUUAUAAUUUAAUAGAUGGAUCCCUGUCUCUAUCAGCAUCUUUUGGAGGGUUUACAUUGUAAACUCUGAUCACCAAUCCUUAAAAAGUAAUUUUUAGAA